GCAACUGGUUGAGGUGAAGCUGAAGAUGACGGAGUAUAAGCUGGUGGUGGUUGGGGCUGGUGGCGUUGGGAAGAGUGCUUUAACAAUUCAACUCAUCCAGAAUCACUUUGUGGAUGAAUACGAUCCUACGAUAGAGGAUUCCUAUAGAAAGCAGGUAGUUAUUGAUGGGGAAACCUGUUUGUUGGAUAUUCUGGACACAGCAGGUCAAGAGGAGUACAGUGCCAUGAGAGACCAAUACAUGAGGACAGGAGAAGGCUUCCUGUGUGUCUUUGCAAUCAACAACACCAAAUCAUUUGAAGACAUUCAUCAGUACAGGGAACAAAUUAAAAGGGUGAAGGAUUCUGAUGAUGUUCCAAUGGUUCUGGUGGGAAACAAGUGCGAUCUGCCUUCCCGAUCUGUGGAGACUCGGCAGGCCCAAGACCUGGCCCGGAGUUAUGGCAUUCCUUACAUCGAAACUUCUGCCAAAACCAGACAGGGAGUGGAGGAUGCUUUUUACACUUUGGUCCGAGAGAUCAGCCAACACAAAGUCAGGAAAUCAAAUCCACCAGAUGACAGUGGGCAAGACUGUAACAACUGUAAAUGUGUGAUAUUGUGACUUCUGUCCACAGGAACAUUUGACGUUUCAUUCAACACACUGGUACAAGAGCGAACAAGUUAUGGAGUAGUGAAAGAAGGUGACAGCAAGGAGAGAAGUUGGGAAGAGUGACUGCUGCUGUAUAAUAGAAUGGUGUGAAGGAGCCUGUUGUGUAUGACUCUCAUCGGCUGCCACCUGCUCUAACACGGGUCUCCAGUUGUACAGAGCCAUAGAUUUUCAAAUCACACUAAAUUAUUCUUACACUAGUUACCCUGUGAUUCAGUGUCCCAUUUCAACAUUGCUGGGAAUGUGUUCCUGCCAUAAAUAUUGUAUAUAAAUGACUAAUGUGAAGUUACAGGAUCUUGAUAUUGUUUUAUACUUUUGAGCUGAUCCAUUUUCUUUUCUAUACAAAGAAAAUUGCCUGUGAUUAUUUCAGUGCUGGCAACACAGCUUUGUCUUCAAACAGUGACAAUGUGAAUGAGUAUGAUUCUGUACAUAAUUGACAUUUUGGGUAGCUUCCAUUUGUUGCAUUGCUUUGUAAAAGGAUGUACAAUCCCUUCAUUGAGAUCUUUGCCAUGUUUUCAGAGGUUGGUAUUUUGGACUGAUGGGGUGGGGGGGAUGGCAAGGGCUAGGGUAUGUUCUAUGAAGAGGUUGAUAGCUACUUACUGCUGUGUUAGUGGGAAGUUUCCUUUGUUUUAAAAUGGAAAUAGCUAGUGUAAAUCAUGUAGUGUUCUAUACAAUCCCAGUCAGCCAACAGGUAGCUCAGAGCAAGAGGCAGCAGUCUACUUUGGGCAAAGUGGCUGCAUGAUUUUUAAACACAUUUCCCAUUCUCAUCACUUUUUUUUAAAAGAAACCAGGAUCUCUGAUUUGGUUUCUUGCUCCUAGAGGAAAGUUUCUCUUAAUCCCAUUCCAUCUAUUAUUGAAGCUCUAGUAGAUGCCUCGUGUCAUUGAAAUUGAAAACUUCCAAUGUUUUGGGAUGAGGUGAGGAGGUGCUCAGUAAAGAUUCAGUCAAUCCCAUUGACUCUUCCCUGCCAGCCUGCAGUUAUUUGUUUCACUCUACAGUCCUGAGCACUGCAUGAACGAAGGUGAUCUGUACAUCAGUAUUACUUCCCACAAGUUGACCAGUUACACAGAAGGGUCCUGCCAGAUUAAAUGACCCACAUAACUGUACAGCAGCCGUUAAGUCCCCAGCUGUGAUUUUGAAGCAAGGUCUUGGGUAUCAUCUAAUUCUAACAUUGGUGUUGUGGUGUAAUGGUAGUGUCUGUACCUCUGGGUCAGAAGGUCCAGGUUUUGUUUCAGACCAUAACGUGUGAGCAGGUUGGUUAAACAUAAUUAAUUCAAACACUACUGAGAAGCAGAGCAAAGUAUCAUUCUUUUAAAUACUUUAGCUCGGACAAUCUCUUUUUAACAUUUUAUAUUUUACUGAGGCAGUAAAGAGCCUUUAAGUAUGAAACUGGUGGUAAUUGUAAACAGAACAAGAAUAGGUACGGUCAAGACAUCAGACUAAGGGCUACUUUGUGUGCCAACUAGAUUUCUUUCUUUGAAUCUUUUAAUGGUCAGUGCUUCAGAGCUCACCAGUUCGAGUUGGGUUGUAUUCUUCGGUGAAAACCUGACAAUCCUGUCAAAUCUGGGCCAGAGUUGUAUCAUCCUGAUCCUGUGUAUUCAUAAGUGAACUAUUUCUGUUUCAAGCUGCAGUCCUGUGGGUCUCGCUCAGUUUUUGAAGGGAGGGCUCAUGUUGCCAACAUGCUGCCAAUUCUCUUAUUUCCCCAGAAAAUGUACAAUUUGUUAAAUUCUGUUCAAUAAAAAGAUUUGAAGAAAAA